AUGGCCCGUCACAAGCAGAAGGAUGAAGAAGCUGGUGCUGAGGGUUGCGGCAUCUUGAACACUCGCAAGCGCAUGUGGAAAGACGCCGAGGGCAAGAUCGUGACCAAAAAGCCUGCUAUUGCGAACGAUGCCCAGAAGCCACAGCCGCCCCGGCAGCCACAGCACGACGAGCCACUACAGGCCCUUGCGGACUUUGCCUUGUUUUCAACUCACGAAGAAGGAGCACCAAUAUCACCACCCAUCUCACACAACGCGUCACUGAGCAACUCUCUAGACGAUCACGACUCUGGAAUUGCUUCAGGAUAUCCACCUACAACUCUCGACCCCAACGCACUAUCGUCACAGACGUUCUCGCCGAUAGACCAACGUUUCUGGUCCACUGAUCUCUCACAACCCGAGCCUGACCCGUUCGCUACUACCGUUUUUGACGAUGCACCAUUCGACGAUAUCUUUAACCCAGAUACAGCAAGCUCGUUUAACAAUCCAUUUACUACGAUGAACAACUACAACUGGCUCUUUGAUAUGGACUUGGCCCAGGCUACUCAAGUUCAGCAGCAGCCAGCCGUACACGAUCCAUUUCCCAACUUUUCAUUCGCGAACAACAACGAAUCCCAGCCUAGCCAUGCAUUCGACCUCCAGCUGGAUCAUAUGAGCUUUGACAAGCCACUGUCAACAGGGGGUCAAUUCGGAUCGCUUCCAUCACAGCGAACAGAUUCAGUGGUCCACCAUUCUCCCACGGCACCGUUGAUCACACCACCGCUAAGCGAAGAGCAGCAACCAGAACGCAGUAACUCAACACAUGUUCCUCAUACCAGCGUUUCCAGCGUUCAGCCAUUUACAAGUAAUCUGCCUCAGAUACAGCCAAACACUUUAUUGCCUGACGUUGAGCGGCCAAUGUCAAUGUUUCAGCCCUCACGGAGCUUGCCUAUAAUUGAUGAACUGGCUCGACAACAGAUACUGGAUCUUAUCGACAUUACCCAGCCUACGGCGCCAGAUGGCAGCAUCGUCAUGCGAGACCAUCCUCUUCUGUCUCUGAGCUGUCUGCAAACAUACUGUGACUUGUUCUGGACACGCUUCAACACCACAUACCCACUUGUGCAUAUGUCAACAUUCGAGCCAUCCCAUGUCGACACUCUACUGCUAAUGACCGUACUGCUCCUCGGGGCCACAUACGGGGAGAAGGAUGCCCAUCAGCUUGCAGUGUGCAUACAUGAUGUCUUGAGACCACAGAUCUUUGCCAAUGCUGGGUUCUCCGCAAAACCUGACUUGUGGGUGCUACAAACUAUUCUGCUUGUUGAAUGCUUCGGGAAGAGCAGGGCAGGGCAGAAGCAACACGACAUGUCACACCUUUUCCACGGGCUGCUGAUCAACCUCAUCCGUCGAAGUGAUUGUCAAAGCAUUCGGCCGCCCACUCUGGAAGAUGCCACUGAUGACCUCGAAGACGACUGGCGGACGUGGGUGAGCGCUGAGCAGAAGAAGAGACUUGCUCUCCUCUGCUUCAUGUGGGAUACACAACAUGCAGUGCUGUUCUGUCAGUCCCUCUGCAUGUCAGCUUUCGAACUUCGAUCAAAUCUGCCUUGCGAUCAGUCGCUCUGGGAAGCUGACUCGGCAGAGACCUGGCACCAACUAAGGCAGAAGCAGCCCCCUACCCCGCUGUUUCUGUCUUGCUUGAAGAUGUAUCUGCAUUCCAACGCCACGGCAGUCCCAAAGAACCUCAACAACCUCUCCCGUUCACUCCUCCUACACGGUCUUAUGUCGGUAGCAUGGGACAUGCAGCGCCGCGAUCAGACCUCGCUCGGCGACCCCAUCACCGCCAACCCCCUCGGUAAUUGGCAAUCCCGUCUCGCAAUCUCCUACAUCGCCUGGCAUGCCGACUACGAAGCCUUCUGCAACACCUACAGCGCUCGCCUUCCUUCGCAAGACCAUUUCCUGGCCAAAGAAUUCCAAGUUAUACGCUCCGCAACCCUGUCCCUCUAUCACUCUGCCCACAUCCUCCUGCACACGCCCUUCCUCGACUUGCAGAUCUACGCUGGGGCACGCCACAUCCUUGGUCGCCCUGUCGCGCGCGCAGACUACGCACGCAGCCAGCGCAUUGUGAAGAAAUGGGUCACAGAAAACGUCAAAGAAGCAGGCAAAGCCGUGUGGCAUGCCGCUGCACUGGUGAAUCAGGGUGUCGAUGUUCUCGACGGCGAACUCGACGUCGGUGCCGGGCCCCUCUGGCACCAUCCUUGGGCCGUGUAUCUGGGUACACUGGUCGUGUGGGGAGUGUGGUAUGCGCGCCCUGUUCCUCCUGCGACGGCUAUUCAGGUCGAGAUGCCGCCGUUCCCGAUGCAUGAUGAUGAGGAUGAGAUUAUUUGGGAUCCAGCGGCUGAGAUGAAGAGUCUGCUUGAUACGAUUAGUAAAGCUAAGCCGGAGAUGGUGCUGCAGGUUGGGUAUAACGAGGGGAUUUCGGGCGCGGUGGGGAAAAGAGGGACAAAUGGGCUUGUGGUGUGUUGGCGGCUGGUUGGUGGGAGUGGAGGGGCCAUGUUUUCGUAA